AUGCUAUCUGCAACUAGAAAGCCUAUUAUUCUCUUUGUCCACGGAUCAUGGCACACCCCGCGCCACUUCCGCCGCGUGCGCGACGUCUUCGAGUUGCACGGGUACGAGACAGUCUGUCCGCGCUUACCCAGCAUCGGGCAGCCCCCACCCUCUGGCCCGAUCCAGGACGGCGCCUGCGUCAGGGACGAACUGCGGCGGCUCGUCGAGGGGGAAGGGAAGGAGGUCGUCGUGGUCGCGCACUCGUACGGCGGGGUUGCCGCGCAGCAGGGCGCGGACGCCGAGUUCAUGCGCAAGCUGCGGGCUGGGCGUGGUCUGAGCGGCGGCGUGGUCCACAUGCUCUAUCUUUCUGGCUUCCUCUUGCGCAUGGGGGAGUCGCUCGCGUCGGCGCGGGCGGAGCAGCCCAUGAACCGCAUCCUGACCGAUGGCGACGGCAUGUCGGUUGUAUCAAAUCCAGAAUGGAGCUUUUACAACGACCUGCCGGCAGACGAGCAGAAGUUCUGGUCAUCGGAGCUCGUUCCGUGUCCAGUAUCGAUGUCGACGACGCCGGUCACGAAAGCCGCGUACGCUCACCACCCUGUGACCUAUCUUCUCUGCGAGCAGGACGAAGCAAUCUCAAUCUCGAUGCAGCAGAGGAUGGUCCAGCGAGCUAAUGACGCCGCUGGAAUAUCGAUACGAACAGUGCGCUGUUCGUCCGGUCACUCGCCGUAUCUGUCGAUGCCAGAGAUCGUCCUCGGAGUUGUGAACCAGCUCCUGUAG